AUGACUAAUAAUAUUCACUAUUAUCAAAAUGAAAAAUCACUUACUCCACUUGGUACUGAUUUAGAAUCUGUUGCACUGGCCGUUGGACUUUUCAUGAUGGGUGGUGCACUUAUUUUUUCAUGUUGUUUUCUUGUGACACAUUGUUAUUUAUGCUAUAAAAGAAAAAAGAUAGCGAAAAAAAUGCAUGAUAGAGCUGAUAGGCAGAAUGAUAUUGAAUAUACUACAUUAAGUUUAGAGGAAGAAGAUAUCAGUGAUUCGGAAGAAUCUAUAAAAGAACUUGAAAAAGAACCAAAAGUUUAA